AUGAGUAAUCCAUCAAAUGAAGUCAAAAUAUCUCCAUCUUCGAAAACUAUUGUAUUGGCUGCACGUUCACGUUUAAUUCGUGCUAUUCGAGAAUUAAAUUUAUUUUCUGAUCAUCCAAUUUGGUCAUCAACAUUAACUCUUACGGAACAAAUACUUAUUACUCGACUCUUUCUUAUUUUAACUUCAAUAUCUCUUUUAAUCGUUAUUGGUUAUGCAAGUUUAACUGUUCGAACAUAUGAGAUAACUUUAAAUAAAUUUUCUAUAUCUGAUUUUGAACGACUUGAAGCACGUUAUCCAAAUACAAUUAAAGUUCCAUGUACACAAGUAUCAAUACCUUAUAAUAAAUUUUUGAAUUUAUCUCCAAAAUUUCAUCAAGUAUGUUCAAGUCCAUUUAUUCGAAAAAAAUGGAUUUCUUCUUUAUAUCUCUUUAAUGCAACAUCUCAUAAUAUUUUGGAUUUUCGUACAUUUGCUUUCUCUCAAUAUCGUUCUCUCCGUUUACUUUGUCUUUUGGCACGUCAAGCUAUUAAUGAUACUUAUCGUACCUUUAAUUCUAGUCAUUUCAUUAAUCGUUAUGCUUUUUCACGAGUUCAAUUUAAUGAAAUGGUUUCUGUUCUUGCUGAUAAUCAUCAACGAAAUAUUUUAACGAAUGAAAAACAAACCGUAAGAAUAUUAUCAAUGAUUACAGCACAGAAUCGAUUGUUAUCAGCUUUACGCACAAACUAUUAUAUUCAAUCUGUACCUGGUUCAAAAACAUAUUUCACAUAUAAUGCAGUUUAUUUGGAACAAAAUGGAACAGAAAAAUCUUCUUGUGACUGUAGAUUAAGAGGAAAUCAAUGUACAUAUCCGGCUGGUGCUUUUUAUAAUUGGACUUUACCAGAAUUAGGAGAAGCUGCUAAAAACAAUCCACCACCUCUAUUUCAGAUUCCUGGACUAAUGGCUGGAUGUAUACCUCUUGAUUCGAUGCGUCAAUCAACUCUUGAAUGUUUAUAUAAUCAAUCAUGUGUCGAUGCAAUAUCACUUCAACCAAAGAUUUCUCGACCAAAAGCUUUGAAUGCAUCUUUAUCACGAUUUCCAUUGAAUUCAACAAUAGCCUCACUAUUUGAUGAGUCUUUAUUUGUUGAAUAUUGGCAAAAUCAAUCAAGUUUUGAAAAUUAUUUUGCUGCUUGUGCACCUCGAUCUAUUUUUUAUAGUUAUGAAAGACGAUUUCAUCUUGGCAAAACUAUUACUAUGAGUCUUAGUGCCUUUGGUGGUCUUGUUAUUGUUUGGCAAUUAAUCACACCAGCUAUUGUCAAAAUUUGUCAACGAAUAAAAUGGAAAAAACAACCAAAUCAACCAACUACAGAUCCAGAACAAUCCAGUGUAGAUUUAGAAGUUCUGAAUAUGACACCAAAUCCAAUAAAUAAAGUUAUAACAUCUAAUGUUCAUCGAACUAUUCGUAAUUUUAACUUAUUUCCGCCGAAUAAAAAAAAUGAUCCCGAGGAAGAACGUAUUGGUAUCAUCGCCACUCGUCUUUACAUUGUCUUAACACUUAUCGGUCUUACAGUUCUUGGUUUUUAUACAUUUUUAUCAACACGUAGUCAGACACAUACUGAAAAAUCGCCUUCACUUUCAAAAUUUGAAGAAUUAUAUUCGAUACAAUCAUCAAAAUUAAGUUGUCCAUGUUCAAGUUUGUCAAUGUCAUAUGGUCGAAUAAUGUCUCUUUCUCCUCGUUAUCAUUCAAUAUGUUCAAGCGACUAUCUUGAAGAUUAUUGGUUAUCUUAUUUUGGUCGCAUAGAAAUUGAUGUUGAGAGUAUUCGAAUAGUAUCAACUGAUUUUCGACUAAGUGGUCAAUCAUUUUUUGAUUUAUUACGUGUGUUAUGUGAAAUAUCACGUGAAACAGUUGAAAAUGCAUUAAGAGUAUUUCGAUCAAAUCGAUUAGUUACAAUGAACUCAUUAUCACGUUCACAAUUUACUUAUGAAACGAUGAGACGAUUAAAACAAUUUGAACAACAAACAAUAGCUUCUUUUCUUGGUGUAAUUGAAUUAAUUCGUUCAUCAAUUCAAACAAAUCAAUUAAUGGACGAAACGUGGACAAAUGUUGGACCCUUCACAGUAUAUAAUAAUGAAACAUCAAAAUGGUCAUUAAAUUUUCGUUCAAGAGAUUUUUAUACAAAUUCAUGUUCAUGUGCUGUAUCUAAUCAAUGUACUCGUCCUGUUGGUUUUUAUUUUCAAACAGAUAAUAUUCGUUCUAAACCUAAUAUAACCGUGCCUGGUUUAGUUCUUGGUUGUUAUGCAAUUGAUUCUCUUCUUUUAUCUACAUUAGAAUGUUUCUAUGAGCAAGAAUGUGUUAAACUUCUUAUUGCUAAUUAUGAUUUUGAUAUUGUUGGUUUAGUUCGACCAUUAAAUAGUCGGGCUAUUCAAAUACAACCACUUCGAAAUGAAAAUAGUCGUUUUUAUUCAAAUACAACAAUAAACGAGAUUUUUUCACAAUUAUUUGUAGAAGAUUGGAUUAAUUCAAGUAAUUUUACAUCAUAUUAUACACGAUGUGCACCUUCAAAAUGCACUUAUACUAUACGAAAACGUUUUAAUAUUUCAUAUAUGUUAGCUAUCAUGCUCGGAUUUUAUGGAGGAUUAAGUACUAUUUUAGAAAUUAUUCUACCACCACUUGUUAAGAGUUAUUUACAACAAUGGUCAAAACGAAAAAAAAAGAUACGAUUAGAUAAUCCUACCAAUCUCACAAUCGACACAACAAUAAAUACUCCAUAUUCUUCAUCAAAAGAAACUCAUCAUGGCUUUCGUAAAAUGUCUCAAAGAUUGUUAUCAUUGAAUUUAUUUGUAAGUGAACCACCUUCGAUAGAGAAACGUUUUCAAAAUCAAGAAAUUACUGCUACUCGUAUUUAUAUAUUUCUCUUUAUAUUAUGUUUAAUUACUGCUCUUAUUUAUUCUGGUCCAUUCAGUGAAGAAACAAAAUCUAUUAAAAUUACAUUUCCAACAAUGGAUAUUGUCGACAAUCUUGAUAAGAAAAAUAUUUCACGCCUUUCAUGUCCUUGUUCAGAAGUAGCUGUUCCUUAUUGGAAAUUUUUAUCAAUAAAACCAGCAUAUCAUUCAAUAUGUUCAAGUGAAUAUAUUUCUCCAUCAUAUAGAAUUAAUUUAUUGAAAAAAAAUGAUAGCAUGUCAUUAGCACUAAGUACUCAUUAUCGUAUAUUAUCUUCACUUUGUUAUUCAUCUCAUCGUUUAAUUGAAAAUGCUAAAGAAGUCUUUGAUACUCGUGAACUAAUUAGUGUAGAAACAUUAACUCGUUCUUCAUUUGAUAUUCAAAUAAAUAUAUUACUUACAACAUUUAUUUCUCAUAUUUCAGCUUAUUAUCGUCGUACACUUUCAUUUAUAGUUCAUUCAUUUAGUGUUAAUCAAUUAUUAAAUCUUUUUGAAAGUAAUUGGCAAGUUGAUCUUACUAAUGAAAAUGAAACAUAUAUAUUAAAAACAUUUCCACGACUUUUUUCAUUAUCAAAUUGUAGUUGUGCAAUAUCAUCAAAUUGUAGUGAACAAUUAAUAGGUGAUAUUGUUACUGGUUGUUUUCCAUAUUAUGGUCUUCGUUUAUCAAAAUUUGAAAAUUUUUCAUUAGGAAAAUUAAAUGAUCAAUUAUUUGUAGAAAUAUGGACAAAUCAUAGUAAUUAUACAAAGUAUUUUGAAGCAUGUAGACCAUUAGAAUGUCAAUAUACAGUAUCCGAUAAAAAUAAUCCAUUAUUUAUGUUAGCAAAUCUUUUAGGAUUGUACGGAGAGAGAUCCUAUGAAGGAUAUCUUGUGAAAGUGUGUGAUUUUGGUUUAGCACAAGCACGAAGUGAAACAACACGACGCAGCGUAUUGACUCAUUCAUUACCUUGUACAUUACAAUGGACAGCUCCUGAAAUACUCCGUUUAGAAAAGCACACGGAUAAAGCGAUGUUUACAGCUUAG